AUGGCACAGCAAGGACCAAGUCACACUCUCAAGACAUCUCUUCCCGAGACAUAUGCUGCCGUCAAUGCCCAGCAACCCCCACCUUCAUACCAAUACCCUACACAAGAAGAACAAGACAAAUACCUACAAGGCAGGCCCGGUGCAACUCAGCAGCACCUUGAAGUGGCUCUGCAACACGCACAGCAGAUCCAGAGCCAAAAAGACGCCGAAGAUGUCAUCUUAAACCGUAUACUUGAGCUCCUUGAGCUCCCCUCCUCCCCGACAGCCGAUCCUGCUAGACCGUCUCAAGAAGAUACCAUAAAACUCAAAUACGCGCUAGCCCCAUUCCGCCCCAGCGAUUACGACAAUUUGAUCCUGGAGCGAAACUUUGAAGACUCGUGCGGAUAUGCUCUAUGUCCUCGCAAAUACCGCAAGCAAGAUAGAGGCCCGGGAGGUGGAUUCCAAUUUAAAUACGGCCCCAAAGGGAGCGGGCCAGGAGGGCGCGGACGCAGCGUCGAUAUCGUUUCCGAGGACCGCGUCGAAAAGUGGUGCUCAGAUGCAUGUGCAGAGCGUGCUCUUUGGAUCCGGGUGCAGCUUUCCGAGAAGCCCGUGUGGGAACGACGGGCGGGUGAUACGCAGGGCACGUCCAUUCUACUGCUCGAGGAAGCUCGCGCCAAGCGCUUGAAGGCACCAGCGGCUACUAGCAGUGUCUCCUCCGUUGUGGAUGAUUUGCAGAGCAUGGGACUUGGAAAUCGCGAUCGAUCCCGGGAGCUUGCAUUGGAACGCGGUGAUACCAGCUUGAUUCGUCCGGAUGGACGUAUUAACGUCGAUAUCAGGGAGAACGAACGUGGUUCUCGGCAGGUUGCUAGCGCCCCACAGAUGCGUCCGGAGGAUGCAAAUGGCGGUUCCAUUGAAGGAUACAUGCCUAGGGAGCGACAAACCAUUGAUCAAGACGGAGACAUAGAUUUGCUCGAUCAGAUCUGA